AUAAAACUCUACUUAAUACCCAAGAGGCGCCCUCUGGCCUCGGGAUAUCAUCAAUGGUUCUCCGAGGGAUCCGAGUGCUGGAGUUGGCCGGCCUGGCCCCAGGUCCCCACUGCGGCAUGAUCCUGGCCGAUUUCGGGGCCCAAGUGAUGCGGGUGGAUCGGCCAAGCCACGGAGGGAUAAAGUGGCUAGGCGGAGGAGGGGUGAAGUGGCUGGCCCGAGGGAAGCGGUCCUUGAUCUUGGACCUGAAGCGGCCAGAGGGGGUGUCCGUGAUGCGCAGGCUCUGCCGCCAGGUGGACGUGGUCCUGGAACCCUUCCGGCGAGGUGUCAUGGAGGAAUUUGGACUUGGUCCAGAGAUUCUGCAAAAGGAUAAUCCGAGGCUUAUCUAUGCCAGAUUGACUGGAUUUGGUCAGUCAGGAAGAUUGUCUGAAACAGCAGGCCAUGAUAUCAAUUAUUUGGCCUUGUCAGGUGUGCUGUCAAAAUUAGGUAGAAGCAAUGAGACUCCUUAUGCACCACUAAAUCUUCUGGCUGACUUUGGUGGUGGUAGUUUGACGUGUGCAUUGGGCGUUGUUCUGGCUCUUUACGAACGUACACAGUCUGGCAAAGGUCAGGUCAUUGAUGCAAAUAUGGUAGAAGGAACAGCAUAUUUAAGUUCUUUUCUGUGGAAAUCUCAAAAUGCAGGACUCUGGAGUCAGCCUCGAGGAAAGAAUUUAUUAGAUAGUGGAGCACCAUUCUAUGAAACUUACAGGACUUCUGAUGGAAAAUUCAUGGCGGUUGGUGCCUUAGAACCUCAGUUCUAUGAACUACUAAUUAAUGGACUGGGAUUAAAUGAUGCUGAACUGCCAUAUCAGUGGAGUGUUUCUGAUUGGGAAGAAAUGAAGAAAAAAUUUGCAGAUACUUUUGCAAAGAAAACACAGGCAGAAUGGUGUAAGAUCUUUGGUGGUACAGAUGCGUGUGUGACUCCUAUUCUGAGUCUGGAGGAAGCCACCCUUAAUGAACAUAACCGAGAACGGGGCACUUUUAUCACUGAUGAGGAUCAUAAUGUGAGCCCCAGACCUGCUCCUCUGCUUUCAAGAACACCAGCUAUUCCCUCUACCAAAAGGGACCCACUGGAAGGCGAACACACUGUAGAGAUACUUCAGGAAUUUGGAUUUAGCAAGGAAGAGAUUAAUCAACUUGAUUUAGCUAAAGUUAUUGAAAUAAGAAAACCAAAAUCUAACCUAUAAACUCAUGUCUAUAAAGUUUAUUGGGUUUGAAGAAUGAACUUAAUCAAGAAUUUAUGCACAGGGAAAGAAAAUUAUAGCAUAUUUAUUGGGAUAUUCGAAUCUGGGAAUAAUCUGUAAUUAAAAGAUGGUUUUGGUUGCACAGAUUUUUUCAUGGGGACUUUUGGCUUAAAAAUGUUGUGUUUUUAGUAUAAUGCUCACAAUAGAUGAUUGUUAUAUAAAAGGUGCCUUUUAACCCA